AUGCAAGCCUCGUCGUUACCAACCGAAACAGGGGAGGGUCGGAGCAUGGAUCCGUGGGCGACCUGCUAUGGGAAGACUUGGAGAGCUUGUACCUGCACUACACGCAUAUAUACAUAUGGCAGACAUAGAGCAUGCGCACGAUCGCCGAGUUCGAUUAACGUAAUUUCAUGGAAAAUAGUAGACUACGACAAGCACGUGGUCGAGGAAUUCACUCUCUCAAGAUCUGUAUGGAGGAGUCGUUUUGAUGUUACCAAGAUCCCCCAUUAUAUGCCAAGCCGAAUUAGUACGCCGGACGUCAAGCUUGCAAAAUUUGAUGUUAUAGGAGCUCAUUUCGCACCUGCCUACAGAGACCACAGGAAUUACAGAACAGCUGACCACCCUAGGAAGCAGCCGGAAACACACCGAGAUGGUCCUUCUCAGCCGGGAUGGAAUGUCCAAGAAGAUGGCGCCGAAUCUACGAGUAUGCACCUCAGAGGCCAGCUAUGGAUAGGUAUAUUAAUACAGAUGGAUAACCGCCAACUACAUACAUACAUCCGGGCAGUCCAACGUCAUGACUGGCAUCAUAACACCGCCUUACAUGGACCGUUGCCUGAGGCCGAAAUUUAUGUGCGUAGAGUAUUGAUCGACUGUACAUACUCAGCUACCUCUUUGAACGACCUUUCAGCUGUGUGUGGAAAGAGCUGCAAACACCCGGACGCCGCCCCCAUUGCCGUGUCAAAUCCGAUCACCUGCACCGACCGGCCAGCCAAUCAGCGUUGUAGGUACCUUGAUACGGUGUUGAGUAUCUACCUCAAGUGUUCACUAAAUAACAAUCAAUUAUUUGUUUAG